AUGACUUAAAUAAAAAAUCUUAUCUUACUAUGGCUGUUCCAAGUUUAUUGGUGCUAUAGAUCCUACAAAGUUCAGUUUAAUAAAUCAGUGUUUGGUUUUAUCUGUCCUCUUUCAUCAUAAUAUUUUCCAGAUAUAUACCCUCAUCGCUGUUUAAGUAAAAUAUUUAUUUUAUGAAAAGGUAUUUCAAAAGCGUGUAAAGGUACAACUGAAUUUAAAUUGGCCUAUUUCAAUAACCGAGAAAUGAUGUGCAAUCCUAGAUUAUAAAGCUAUGAACUUGGUCCUAGUAAUGAUUCUCGUGAAUUUUAUGGAAAGUAUCCCUAUACAAUGAUAUAUUCAUAUGAUGAAUAUGGAAAUUUAAUGUAUUCUACUGAAGCUAUACUUUCUUUAUCUGAUAAUUAUUGCAAAAUUGGAUAAAAGUAUUCUGGAAUUUAUAAAUGUUAAUACUGUUAAGGGUAACGAUUUGGUGAAAAUUGUGCCUCGACAUUUGCUUAGUAACGUAAAACUUUCCUUAAUUUUACAGCUUGCGGAGCUAAUUGUAAAACAUGUACUUCCACCAAUACCAAGUGUGCUUCCUGCUUAGAUGGUUAUUCUCCAUUAAGUAGCACUGACUUUAAAUGUAGUUUGAGUAAGAAAAAUAAUAAUUUAAGAAUGUUUGACUGGUCAUAAAACCUGUUUAUAAAAUUAAAAUGGAUAUUCGUUAAUUGAAUGUAUGGAUGGUUACGAAUUACUGAAUGGAGAUUGCGUUUGUAUUAUCAUUAAUAAUAUCCAAGAAUGCCCAACAAAUUGCAAAGUAUGUUUAUUAGGAGAUUGUUAAGAAUGUAUGUUUCUUUAUACUUUAAAAAAUUCUAAAUGCCUGGGUGAUGAGAAUUGUAUGAAAUACAAUUAUAUUUACGAUACUUAUGGAGUUGCAAUAGACACAGACUGUGAAUAAUGUGAUUUUGGUUUUUUUAAGAAAGGGACAAGAUGUGCUUGUUUUAUAUUAUUUAUAAUUUUAGCUUGUCAGCUUGAACCUGGAUUAGAGUUUUGUUUUAUUUGUCACAAUGCAAAUGAAUGUAAAAGCUGCUUUUCAGAGUAUGAUUUAACAAAUGAUAAAAAAUGUGAACUUACUACAAUUUAGUGUAACCCUAAAUGUUAAACAUGUUAUGUUACAGAUCCUAAUUAUUGUACAACCUGUUUUUAUGAAUAAAAAUGGACUGCUAGGAUAAUUCCAGGAAAAUGUGUUUGUGAUUAAGAUUAAGGUUAUGCAGAUUUAAAUGGUGAAUGUAUUUUAUGUUCAAAUGGAUAUUGUCAAACAUGUACUUUAAUAUUUGGAGAAUGUACAUCAUGCGAUCCAUUACAAAAUAGAAUACUUGUAGGAAAUACUUGUCCAUGUUUUUAAGGAUAUUAUGAUCCAGGACUUCAGGAUAAAAUUUGCUAGAGUAUUAAAUUAAAUAAUUUAGAAUGUUAUCCUUCAUGUUAUAAUUGUUCAGGACCUUAUGAAAAUGAAUGUACUGACUGUGGAGAUCCAAAUAUUUAUCACAAGUAAUUAGUUGGUGGAAAAUGCAUCUGUGAACCUAGAACAAUUGAAAUAAUUGAAAGCAGUGUGUUAACUAAGUGUUUAAGUAUAAAUAAGAUUAAUUAUAAGUUUGUCAUCCAAAAUGUGAAAAAUGUCAAUUACCAUAUGAUAAUUCUACAAAUUAAUAUUGUACAAUGUGCAUACCAGGAUAAAAUAGAGUUGUUUCUGAUGAUUUAAAAUGUGUUUGUAGGAGCGGGUAUGGAGAGGAUGGAAUAGUGGAUAUCUGUUUUAGUAAAAUUAUGAUUUCAAUUUUAGAAUGUCAUUAUUCUUGCUAAAGUUGCAAUGGACCACUAUCUACUAAUUGUACAAAAUGUUCAAGCCAAAAUUUGAGAUAUUUGAACACAAAUUCUGAAUGUUAAUGUGAAGAUGGUUAUUAAGAUAAAGGCAAUAAUGAUAUGCUUUGCUAUUGUGAUUAUUUAUAAUUAUAUUUAGUAACUUGCCAUCAUUCUUGUUUGAGCUGUAAUGAAUAUGGUGAAGAUUUAUGCACAAGUUGUCCUUCUACAAGGGAACCAGAUAGAGUUGGAACAACUUUUAAAUGCUUAUGCAAAGAUUCACAUACUUAUAAUGAUGAAAAUUAAUUAGAAUGCUUAGAAUGCCAUUUUAAAUGUAAAACUUGCAAUGGAAUUAACGAAACAAAUUGUUUAACUUGUGACUUAAACUAUAGAUAAUUAAUCAUAUCAAAAUGUGAAUGUCCUUACGGUUAUUAUGAUGUCGGUUUAAUAGAAUGUUAAAGUAAUAUCAAAUUAUAUUUGAAGAAUGCUAUUAUACAUGUAUGACUUGCUUUGGUUCUUUAAUUGAUAAUUGUAUUACUUGUUCAAAUUCAAGCAAUAGAAUAGUUAAAGCUAACAAAUGUGUUUGCAAGGAUUAGCAUUUAGAAAAAGAAUUUGGAGAUUAAAUAUGUUUGAGUAAGAAUUAAAAAAAAUUAUAAGAAUGUUCAUACAGGUGUGCUUCGUGUAUUGGGACAAUUGAUAAUUGUGUUUAAUGUCCUGAAUUUUCAUUUAGAGAACUUGGAGUAGACAAUUCAUGUUUAUGCCCUCCCAAAUCAUAUGAUGAACCUGGAAAUCCAUAAUGCAUUAGUAAUAAUAAUUGAUAUUGAAGUAUGCCAUAAUACAUGUUUGACAUGCAUUGGGAGCUAAUCAAAUUAAUGUUUAACUUGUAAUGAAGUAACCAAAAGAUCACUAAAUAUUUCAGGUGAAUGUUUGUGUGAUUCAAAAUAUUAUGAUAGCGGAUAGUCUGAAUGCUAAGGUAAAUUCAAAAAAUUAUUUUAGCUUGUAGCAAUGUCUGCUUAGAAUGUUAAACUUCUGCUGACAAUUGUAUAUCAUGCUAACCAGAUAAAUAUUUAAAUGGAAAUUCAUGUAUAUGCAGAACAAAGCUUUAAGGAUCAUCAAUCUCUAAAUAUUAAACAUCAAAUAGCAUGACAUGUUAAAGUAAUAGUAGUAAAAUUAAAAAUAGGCUGUCAUUAUUCUUGUUUAAAUUGUACAGGCCGUUCAUCUAAUGAAUGCAAUUCAUGCUGGGAUUUGGAAAAUAGAAUUUUAUAAGGUAAGUCUUGUGUUUGUAUGAACAAUUAUUUUGAUAUAGGGAAACCAAAAUGCUAAUGUAUAAUUUAGUUUAUAGAAUAGAAUGUAAUUAUAGAUGCCAAAACUGUUCUAUCUCAGAAACCUUAUGCUUAUCUUGCCCUCCUUUGAGCUUAAGAAUACUUAUUAAUUCCUAAUGUUUAUGUCCAGAUGGCUAUUAUGAUGAUGGAAAGAAUUCUAUUUGUUAGUGUAAUUAAUAAUAUUGAUUAUAGAAUGCCAUUAUUCUUGCAAGACUUGCACUUAGAUUGCAACAAAAUGUGUUUCGUGUUCAGGAACUUCAUAAAGAUUUUUCGACAGUGUUUUCAAUUCUUGUCUUUGUAAAAAUACUUAUUAUGAUGCUGGAGUGGAAAUUUGUUCAUUAUGCCAUCAUUCUUGUUUAACAUGUAAUGGCUAAUAAUAUAAUUAAUGUAUAUCAUGCAUCGAUUAGAAUGUUUCUUUUAGAGUGUAUAAUGAAGGAAUUUGUUAAUGUCUUAUAGGUUAUUAUGAUGAUGGAUCGUCAAUUUAUUGUAAAAAAUGUGAAAUUUAAUGUCUAUCUUGUGAAUUUUAAUCGCAUAAUUGCACCUAGUGCUCUUUAACAAGACAUUUAAAUGGAAAUUAAUGUGAUUGUGAUUCGAAUUAUUUUGAAACUGGACAAGAAUACUGUUAAAAAUGUGAUCAGAGUUGUGUUAAUUGUGUAACUAAUUCUACAAUGUGUACCGAAUGUGAUUCAUCAAUAAUGAAAAUUUUAGAUAAAUAAACUUCAAAAUGCAUCUGCUAAGUUGGAACUACUGAAAUUAAUGGAGUUUGUUAACAGUGUGAUAUCACUUGUAAGACAUGUUUAAAUCAAACUUCUAAUUGCACAUCAUGUGGAUAAAUGAAAUAAUUAUAGAAUAACAACUGCAUUUGUGUUGAAGGCACGUAUGAAGUAGGAACUAGUAAAGAAUGCAUGCUCUGCAAUAAAACAUGUUUGACAUGUAUAAAUUAAGCAAAUUAUUGUUUAACAUGUUCAGUAGAUAACUUUAGAAUUUUUAUACCUGGAAAUUAAUGCGCCUGCAAAGAUGGAUAUUUUGAAGAUCUUUCUCAGUAAUGUGUAAAAUGCCAUUAAUCUUGCCUUACUUGUUAAGGUAGUUCUUAAUAUUGCUUAUCAUGUGAUCCUUUAUUAAGCUUAGAAUUAUCUAAUCAAAACUCAUGCAUUUGUAAGUCUAGUUAUUAUUUUAAUCCUUCAAGUAAAUUGUGCGAAGGUAAAUAUUUUAUAUACUGUUAGCCUGCAACAUAACAUGUAAGGAAUGCUAAAGUGCAGCAUAGUGUAUUGAGUGUGAACCAUUAACUAGAUAUUAUGAUGGGGAUACCUUUUCUUGUCAAUGCAGAGAAGGAUUUUUUGAAAUGAAUUAAAAAUAAUGUUCAAGUAAUAAAGUAUUUUAGAAUAGAUUGCGAUCCAUCUUGUAAGACAUGUAAUACAUAAUUUAAUUGCUUAACAUGUGAAUCUACAUAUUUUCGUGUGUUAAAAAAUUUAAAUUAAUGUGUUUGUUAAGACGGCUAUUUUGAUGUAGGAAUUGAAAUGUGCUAGAAAUGCAAUAGCAAAUGCAAAACUUGUUAAGCAAUUGCUACCAAAUGCUUUUCUUGCUUUGAAAAUGAAUAGAUUAGAGUAUUAGAAGGAAAUUAAUGUAAAUGUAAAGCUGGAUAUUAUGAUAAUGGAUAAUUAAUAUGUGAAAGUAUUAUCAAUAUAAAAUGACUUUAGAAUGCUCCAAAUCCUGCUUAACAUGUUAAGGAAAGAAAGAUUACUGCACAAGUUGUGAUAUUAAUUAAUAUAGAAUUGAUUAAUCUGCAAUUCAUAAAUGCCCUUGUCUGUCUAAUUUCUUUCAAAAUGAGGAGGAAUUAUGUGAAAGUAUAAAAUAUUAUGUCAAUUUUAGAAUGUCAUAUUAAAUGUUCUGGUUGCAUAUAAAAAAGAGAUAAAUGUGUAAGUUGUUAAUAUUCUAAUAAUGCUAAUCGUUUAUCAAUCUCAUAAAAUUGUGAUUGUAAAGAUGGUUAUUAUGAUGAUGGAGUAAAAUUAUAAUGUCAAAAAUGCAAUCAUUAAUGUAGAACGUGUUUUUAGACAGCAGAUAAUUGUUCAUAAUGUUUUGGUAAUUUGAGAGAAGGAGCUCCUGCUUGUUUAUGUAAAGCUGGGUAUUUUGAGGACGAAGAAUUAAAUUGUUUAGCAUGUGCAAAUUAAUGUGAUACCUGUGAAAAACAAUCAUCAAAUUGCACAAGUUGCAAAAAGAAUAGGACAAACAAGACUUGUGAUUGUUAAGAAGGAUAUUUUGAAGCUGAAUAACCAGAUUGUUUAAGUAAUACCAUUUGAAAAUUUUAUAGAGUGCGAGUUUUAAUGUUAAACCUGCGAAAACUAUCAAUCUAAUUGCAUAAUCUGCAAAGGAAAUCGUAUUAACAAUCCAAUUUGCCAUUGCUAAGAUGGAUAUUAUGAAGAUUAUCAAAGUUUAAACUGUAGUAUGUGUGACUCGAAUUGCAAAACAUGCAAUUAGGAAGGAUGUGUAACAUGCAACGGGAAUAGAUUAUUAUCAUCAAACAAAAAGACUUGCGAUUGUCCUGAAAACUCUAUAGGCCAUUAAGAUACUCCAUGGUGUUCAAGUAUAAUAGAAAAUGUUAAUUUUAUAGAUUGCGAAGUUGCUGUGUUAGAUAUUCGAUUUUCUGAUGAUUUACUUUAUAUCAUAGUGGAAUUUGACUUUCCUUUAAAUCCAAAUUCUUUUCUUAAUUAUCUUUAACAAAAUGAUUGCUUAACAAUUUUAGAUACCUAAACAAUAAAAUAAUUAGGAAAUAAUCCUUAAUGUCUUUUAAAUUUGGAGGACGAUAAAUAAUUAUUUCUAUAAUUAGGUUAAAAUGCUUCCAUACUUCCAAAUGACCCAAUUAUAUUUGUCAAAAAUUCAUUUCGCCAUAAAAACUGCACUAACAAACUAAAUUCCUUUAUUUUCAAUACAAUAAAAUAUCCUUUGAUUUAAAAUUCUCCUUAAAUCGAAUAUGAUUUGCCUUAAUAUUUACUCAAUCCAUGUGAUGAUAAUGUUAUUUUAAUUAAGACAAAAAUAUAUGAUGGUUUACGCAUCUUCAAGAGUAUAUCAUGGUUUUUUUCAGUAGAAGGGGACUAUGGUAAUGGUAAUCUUGAAUAGUUAGUUGUAGAUCAAACAACUUUUUAACAAUUAGAAUUAAUGCUACCAAGUUACACCCUUCCAAAACAAUCGUAAAUAACUUUUUAUAUUGAAUAUCAAAAUUUUAUCAAUAAAUAGGCAUAAUCUUAAUUUUAAGUAUACACUCAUUCUGGAUAAUUUCCAACAGUACUAUGGUUGGGAAGGAAAUAAUAUUAUACUUUUGAAAUAAUUGAUUUUCUAUUUAGAAUCUCAAAAAGGAAUUGUUCUAGCUAAACUUAAUUUAACCAAGAAGAUAAUUCUAUUUAUGAUGUGACAUUUUUUGAAUCACACAGAAAUGACUCAAAUUCUAGAUCAUCAGAAAGCUAUUUUUCAAAAAAUAUAAGUGAGAAUAAUUUUAAUUUAACUAUUCAAAAGUUCACAUUAACACCUUAGACUGCUUAUACAUUUUCAGUUAAUACAGAAGAAAAAAUAAGUAAUUUUUCAAAUUCUCAAAAUAUAACUAUCUAAAUUCUAAAGAGAGGUUUAUUGUGCGUUUUUGAUAACACUAAAAAAAUUUAACAUUAUCGAAAAGACUUAAUUAUUAACAUUAAAUGCAGGGAUAUUGACACUAUAUUUGAUUGGAAUGAAGAUUCAGAUAUUAAAAUAGAAGUAAAAUGUUUAGAUUUAACAUAAAAUCAAGUAUGUUUGGAUGUGAAUAAAAAGAUUAUCUAAGUUAAUAAAACUGAUACAAUACAAAUUAUUAAGAAAAUGACAGUUGAACCUUAUACUAUACAGGCUUGGAUUGUUUUGGCAGAAAAAUAAUAACAAUCAUAUCAAUUUCAAGAAAACAUUGUUUUUUUAGAAAAUGAAGUUAAAAUUCUAGAUGUUUAAUAUAGUAAAGGAUACUCAAUAAGACCAAUAAAUAAUUAUGAAACUUUAUAGUUUUAUUAUAAUGUUUCUUUGGAGGAUAAGUUAUACUUGCUCUAAUAUUAGAUAGCUAUAAUAUAUGACUUUGAAAUUAUAAAGAUAUUAGAACCUACUUCUGAAAAAUAUAAUUUUAGAUUGUUUGAUCAUUUUCAACAAUUUCAAAAAGGAGAAUCAUUUUAUUUAAAAUUUUUAGCUCAAUUUACAAAUGAAAUAAUACCUCAUUAGUAAGACUUAAAAUUAACUUUGAAUUAACCUCCUAUUUGUAGUAUAAAUCUGCAACAAAAAACAUUCUAAGCUUUAUCAUCAUAAAAAAUUGUGGCCAAUUGUGAAUUUUCUGAUGAUUAUCCAUUUAAAUACUAAUUGAGAUUUUUUAUGAGUGAAUAAGACUACUAAAAUUUUUUAAAUAAACUGACAGACUAUUCUUUGAUUCUCAAUAGUUUUUAAAGAUAUAAUUAUUUUGAAGCAUAUUUGCCUUAUUGUUAAGGAAUUGCUUUAAUUUAAAUAAUGGACUCAAGAGGAUCUAUAACAAAUAUUGAGUAACGUUUGAAUUUAUAAAAAGCUUUAUUUAAUUGUUCAGAUUAUUUAUAGAAAAAUUUCACUUAUCAAUAUUAAAUCAUUUAGUUGUUAGAGAUAAUAUUGAAUCAUUUUGAUUAAGCAGAUUGUGCUAAAUUUUCAGAAUAAUUAAUAAUGAAGAUAAAAAGUUAUUUAGAUUCAGAAGAUUUAUUUGAUUAAUUGUUGGCUCUAUAGACUAUCAAAUUAUAUAAAAGAUUUAAGGUUAAUUUGGAAAAUGUUAACUCCUCAUCAAGAUUAUUAGCUCAAACUAAAUCUGAAAGCUGUUUUGACAAUACAUCAAAAUUAUUUUAUAUUGAUAAUUCUGGAAAUAAACUGCAUUCAUCUAACAAUAUCUCUUAUUACAUCUAAGAAUUUUAAGAAUUGAACAAUUCUGUAACCAAAAUUUUCAUGAAAGCUAUUAUGUUAGAAAAUGAAAUAAAUUAAGAUGAUAUAUUUAUAAAUGAAUAAUUAUUUUAGUAAAAAGAACAAAUUACUAAUUCAUUAGAUGCACUUAUUUUGGUUGCAGAUGAUUUAUUUUUGAAAAUAGCCUAAACUUCAGCAUAAUUUGAGGAAGAUAAAAAAAAAAUAAUUGUGUUAUCAAAAAAUUUACUUAACCUAAUUGAAGAAAUUUUACAUUAUUCAAAUGCCUAGGUGCCUGUAAAUGGUUAAGUUUUUACUAUAAAUGGUUAAGUAUUAUAAUAUUAAUCAGCAAAAAUGACAAAAGAUGCCUAUAAUCAAUAAGAGGGUUUAGAUAAGGAUAUUACAGAUGGAUAUAUAGUUUUCGUUCAAAAAGAAUAAUUAAAUCUAUACUUUAAUUACUUAAAUAUUUCUGAAUAAAAUUUUACUGAAAUAAAAGAUUUUCUAAAUUAUUCUAAUUUAGAAAUUGAUCAAAAUGUGUAUGCAUAAACUAAAUUACGAAACUUUCUUUAAAGAAAUUAGUUUAGAGAUUAUGAAAGAUUAAAUACUCAUUAUUUUAUAGAUAUAACUAAAUACUCAUAUUGUAUUUAGGAUAGUGUUAUUCCUAAAUAUCAUCUUUAAUGCCUUUAGUAUAAUAGCGUUGGAAAUUUAUAAUAGUGCAACUUAUAAGUUUAAGAUGUAAAAUAUAUGUCAGCAAGGAUUUCUUGUUAAUGUCCUUCUCUUGGAAUUAUCUUUUUAAUUAGAUAUUAAAAUUAAACUUAAAAUGACUUGGAGUAAGUCGAAAUUUUGAAGAAUAACUAAACAAAUCUAGGGCAUUGCUAUUUUUAUCACUAACCUUUUUUCUAUGUUCAUGGUAUUUUUAUAGUAAUUAUACUAUUUAUUUAUUUCUGGUCUCUUAUUCGCGAGUUGAAAAAAAUCCCUGAAUAGAAUAUAGAUACUGAAACACUUGGCAGCCCUAAUGAUCAAGCAUAGUAAAAAAACACUCAAAUUUUUUGCUAUCCAGGUAAUUUAAUAGUUUACAAGUAUGCAAUAAAAGUAGUUUUAUAAUAUAUUUAGUUCAUUCAUGAAUUUUUGUGUUUGUUCUAUUGUGAAGAAAAAAGUAUUCCAAAAAGUUAUAAAAUUCUAAAACUGUCAAUUUUGUUAAUGAUAUAAAUUCCAUUGUCAUUAUAUGAAACAUUGUUGAUAGAAAUAGUUACUCUUAUUCCUUUACUGUUUCUUAAUUAUAUAAUUUUAUUGUUGUUAAGAGCUGUGUUAAAGAUAUUUGAAGCAAUUUAUAGAUUUUAAGGCAUUUUAGGUAUAGCAAUAAUUACAGGAUAUAUAUUACUCCAUCUUUUCUCUUUUGCUUUAUUAAUUUCUGAAUUAUAAAAGAGGUAGACUUCAUAAAUAAUUUAGGAAUAAAUGUAAUUUAGAGAUUGAAAAUAUGUCAAUUCUAAUUGGAAGUACAAUUGGUGUGAGCUACAUUAUAUUUGAUCCUAUCACCAUAUACAUCAGAGUAUUACUUUACAAAUAAAUUACUUCACUUUUUAAAGAGAAAGAAAUCAACCCAAUUAAUAGAUUUUUUUUUUUCUUUAUUCAUCAUUAUAAAUUGCAGCAAAUAUUUGAGAAUUACACAAUAAUUUGA